AUGGAACUACAGUAUUCUGACUUUAGACCAUGUUCUAUUUAGAUACAGUAACAUCCCUUAUGUGACAUGCUGUUCCAACUUUUAACAUGUCAAUCACAGAACUCGCACUUAGGCUACGCCUGCUUCUACUAAUACUUACAGUAGACUACUUCUUGUUUCCACGCAGUGACAGUAAGUUGACUAACUGUUCAUGACCUCUCCCCUUCACUUCACUCUACUGCAGGGAGGGAGAUGCAACAAUGGCCUUGAGAACAGCAGGAAGAGUGUUGGUGGUCUUUCUCUGGUCUGUGACAGUGGUACUGGGUCAGGAUGACUGGAGUGUGAGUUACACCACUCAGAGUAUCUGUACCUUCAAGGAGUCAACAGUGGAUCUGUCCAGCUCUUACACAUAUCCCAGUGGUUAUACAGUCACAACAACCUUCUGGUUUACCAAGUAUAAUGCUGAGGGUCCUGUAAGUCUGAGUGAUGACCCAGACUACAAAGGUCGUGUGAUGUACAGUAAGGAUAGAGAGAAUGGUCACACCCUGACAAUCACAGACCUGAGAGAGAGUGACUCAGCUACGUACAAGUUCAGAUUUACAGAUCAGACUGGGAAAUGGAGAUAUACUGGCGAACCUGGAGUCACUCUGUCUGUCACAGGUCUUCAGGUGAAGUUGACUGUUGGAUUUUGGUAUAAUACACUGACCUGUAGCACCACCUGUACUCUGACUGACAACCCCACCUACAUCUGGUACAAGAACGGACACAAAGUAAAGGAGGACACUUCUAGCUCGUACCCAGACUCCUUUAGUGAUGUAGACAGCUACUCCUGUGCUGUAAAAGGCCAUGAGGAUCUCCGCUCUUCUGCUGUGUGUCAAAAGUGUUGGAGUGUGACUUACACCCAUCAGAAGAUCUGUGCCUUGAAGGGGUCAACAGUGGACAUAUCCUGCUCUUACACAUAUCCCAGUAAUCAUGAAAUCAAAAAAGCUUUCUGGUUUACUAAAUGGUCUGAUAAGGAUGCUGAAGAUCUGAGCUCAGUGCCAGGGUAUGAGGGUCAUAUAGAGUACCUUGGGGAUAAGGAGAGUGACUGUACCCUGAGAAUCACAGACCUGAGAUUGAAUGACUCUGCUGGGUACCGUUUUAGAUUCAUAACAUCCGGAGACAAGUUUGCUUGCUCACCUGUCUCCCUGACUGUCACAGAUCUACAGGUAAAGAUGAAAACUUCACUGUUUUCAAGCUGGGUGACUCUGACCUGUAGCACCACCUGUACUCUGACUGACAACCCCACCUACAUCUGGUAUAGGAAUGGACACAAAGUAAAGGAGGACACUUCCAGCCUGUACUCAGACUACUUUAGAGACACAGACAGUUACUCCUGUGCUGUAAAAGGCCAUGAGAAUCUCCACUCUCCUGCAGUGUGUGUCCGUGGUCAGAACUGUUGGAGUGUGACUUACCCCCAUCAGGGAGUCUGUGCCUUGAAGGGGUCCAACAGUGGAUAUAUCCUCCAUGUAUGA